CAUCUGCACAAUUCAACACGUUCCACUUCACUUUGGCUAUUAGACAAAACAUGAACUUUGACGAUUGUUCAGAAUAUAGAAUGAUGCCACUCAACCCACUACAACAAAAAACGACGCAAAGGUACCAUUACAAUAUCGGCGACAAGAACAUCGUCCGGAGGAAAGUCCUGCAGCAACUGUUGUGCGUUCCUAGGACAUUUCGUCAUGCGGUCCAGGACAUAGGCAUACUUGGUCUCAACGAGCAGGACGAGAGAACAGCAGAGGUUUACCAAUUGACGGGAAGCUGCCCUGGCUAUAUGCAGCGUAUCCACACUGGUGGGUGCUUGCGACAACGGGUCGCGAAGAAGAAUAUCAAACGGGAUGGCUUUUGGCUAACUGGUUCUAAGGAAGGACGACCGCUGCAACUCGACCUCAACUCAACACAGAACGAGACAGAAGGCGAGCGGCUGGUAGAAACACCGGCUCGUGAAGACGAUGAAAAAGGAGAAAAGAAGACACCAGGUCUUAAACCAUGUUUUGAAAGAAUGAAAAUAUGUAACGACGCUGUUGUCUCUUGUCGAGCUGCGUUAAAAAACGUAGAACACCCACAGUGUUUUCGUGACGGUCUCCGUCCAGAAGAGACCACGGUUUUCUAAUAGAUAACCGAGAGUAGACAACCGUGGGAGAGACA